AUGGACCCAAUAGGUCCGGCGCCCCAGGCCGACCAAUACGUGGUUAUACCACCGGGGAUGUGGAUGGACCACAACAGGGUCCUACAGAGGAUGCCUGGGUAUGUGGCACCAAACCAACUGCCGAACCAGGGGUAUGGAGCGCAGAAUCCUCCGCCCGGACCUGGACAGCCCCAGCCGGCACCCCCUGGUAACCCAUACCCUCAACCCCAACCACAGCCAUACCCUCAACCUCAACCACAGCCGUACCCACCUCAACCCGCCCCGGCUGCGCAGAACCAGCAAGCGGCCUACCCGGUGGCUUGGAACCCUCCGGUAGCCCAACAGGCGAUGCCGGCGGUCCAACACCGUCAGACCCCACCACCUGAUGAGCAAGACAUCGCUCAAGCCCGACAGGAGGGCUAUGAAGAAGGCCGGCGCCGAUACGAAGAGCGGAACAACCGGAUCUUGGCUCGGAAGAAUCGGGCAGAGUUGCCGAAGUUUAACGGCGACGGGGCCAAGGUGGAAGGCUGGAUCUCAAAGAUCCGGCGAAUCUAUCGCUCGGAGGCUGACGGCGUCGCAAUGACGGAUGUCGCCUUUAUGACAGAGCUGGAGGGCGCCCUUACUGGACAAGCCCUGGAAUGGUACCAGAACCAAUCAACUCUGGAACCUGAAGAAAAUGGAUGGACCGUCGACUAG